AUUUCUCAACGUCAAACUGACAAAACUUCAUAAACAUUUAUCACCCUAAAUUUCUAGUAAUAUCACCAAUUCAUCAAAAAAAUCAUGGUAGAACAAAUAACUGAUCCUAAUAUAAAUCAAUUUAGCUAUGAAGAUCUAACAGAUAUUGCUAAUUUUAUCAAAUCCAAAAUAUCUCCCAUAUGUCCAAAGGUUGGUAUAGUCUGCGGAUCUGGUUUAGGUCCUCUGGCAGAUACUCUAAGCAAUCCUAUUACAAUUGCUUACGAGGAAAUUCCCAAAUUCCCAGUCAGUACAGUACAAGGACAUGGUGGCUGUUUGGUGGUUGGAAAAUUGGCAAAUGUUCCUGUGGUGUGUUUAAAGGGACGAUUCCAUGCUUACGAAGGCUACCCCUUAUGGAAGUGUGCCAUGCCCAUUAGAAUAAUGAAAUUGCUGGGAUGCUCACAUUUGAUCGUAACAAAUGCUGCGGGAGGUAUAAAUCCAAAUUAUAGGAUUGGCCAUAUAAUGUUGCUAAAAGACCACGUCAACUUCUUGGGUCUUGGAGGCAAUAAUCCAUUGCGAGGACCAAAUGAAGAAAGAUUUGGGACUAGAUUUCCGCCAGUAAACAAAUCUUAUGAUAAAGAUCUCCGUGAUGAAGCAAUGAAAAUAGCAAAAGAUCUUGGAAUUGAAGAAAUUGUACAUCAAGGAGUAUACGCCUGUGUUGGUGGACCAAAUUACGAGACAGUAGCGGAACUUCGACUGAUGCAAACAUGUGGAAUUGACGCAGUGGGAAUGUCCACAAUACACGAAGUGAUAGUGGCCAAACACUGUGAUCUAACAGUCUUUGCCUUCAGCCUCAUCACCAACGAAGCUAUCCUGGAAUGGGAUUCUGACAAAGUCCCCAAUCAUUUAGAAGUGCUCGAGGCUUCUAAAAGGAUGGAAAGUGUGCUGCAAGAGUUUGUAAAAAGAUUGGUGGAACAUAUCGGCACGCUCACCUGUGUAUGUAAAAAGGGAUGAGCUAAUGAUAUGAAGAGAUGGAGCCUGUUUUUAUACCAAGAAACUCUUUUAUUUUGAUUUCAAUAGUAACAAUUAUUUGUUCUAUUAUGAUUGGAAUCAUCUAUUUAUCUAUACUCAUUAUUCAAAGUAAUUAUCAAUUAUUAUCAAUACUUACUAACUAAGGAUCUAAAUUAUUAAUAAAUUGUGCACAUUUU